CCCGUGGCUGUGGGGAUCAGCAUCAGAGUAAGUGACACUUUCAUAACUCUGCUCCAGCCUUUUCCUCAUCCGUUUCUCCCUCACAAACAACUCCCACUCAGUUCUUGUAUUUUACUCAUCGCAUGAGCGUUCAGAACUUAAACUCUUUCGAUCCUUUUGCUGAGGAAGCAGAUCCUCUUGGAGACAGCCAGGACGUUGGAUCUCAAGCCGACUAUAUCCAUAUCCGUGUACAACAGCGUAAUGGACGGAAGACUCUCACGACAUUGCAAGGGUUGCCUAAACGUGUAAUACGAUCCCAAGAAACUCCUGAAAGCCUUCAAGAAGGCGAGUUGUCAGAAUUCGCUUGCAAUGGUACUCUGGUCGACGACGAGAAGAUGGGACAAGUUAUCCAACUCCAAGGCGAUCAGCGCUCCAAGAUUUCCACUUUCCUGAUCGAAAAUGGGAUGGACAAGACGACCAUCAAGGUUCACGGUUUCUGAACAUCUCUUGUAGCGUACCUCUUAUUCAGGCCUAACAUGUCCAACAUGUCCAGUCUCUGAAUACUAC